GUUGGGUAACCCUGAUUUGGCGCCAAAACACUUUUCCGGGUUCUGCGGGCGGUACUCCCUGCGGUGCUAUCGCUGCGUUUUGGAGCUUGUUCCGACUUUACGGGGAUAAGUGUGAACCUAGUUUGCCCAUUUUCGUCACGUAGACCCGUUCUCCACAUGCUCUGAUUCAAGUAGCUUCAGAUCCUUCUGAAGUUUUCGAGUCAAAGGUCGUAAGCUCCCCCAGUCUUCGGGACAAUGCAGGCGAUGAGCUGCAAGAAACCAAAAAAUGAGCGGGUCGGGCAGUUCGGCGAUUACUGGGACUUGAGGAUGAAACUGCAGAAGUCUGAGUCCGAGCGGCCCCAACGGGGCUCGGGGCGAGAGGGGGUGGCGCCACGGCCACGUAGGCCAGUAGCGGGAACGGAGACUGACCCGGAGGUUCUGGCCCGACGACUCAAGCAGCUCGAGUAUGGCAAGAGCACUGAGGGUUACAAGCGGUACUGCGACGCGGUGCCAAAGGACAAGCGGGAGCAACUGCACCCCCGAACCCCCGACCGGUUCGUCCAGUACAGCCGGCGUUCCUGGGAUGCGCAGGUCCGCAUCUGGCGCCGACAGCUCCACCUCUGGGACCCGCCCGAAACCAGCGAGUGGUCGACCGUGACGGACGACGACGACGACUUCCCCGGCGACCAGGAGAUGCCCGAGGAGGGUGCGGACAAAUCAGACGCGCAGAAGCGCUCUUGGGACGAGCAGCCGGAUGCGCAGAAGCGCUCUUGGGAUUCCUGGGACGAGCAGUCGGACGCGCCAAAGCGCUCCUGGGACGAGCAGCCGGACGCGCAGAAGCGCUCCUGGGACAGCAUCGAAUAAACCUUGCCUUCGUCGUGCUCACAGUUCUUCGCGCGAGACGCUCAAUCAGCACCGCAUAGGAGACAAAAGGCCUGCGUAAGUCCACUAGUGACAUUGGGUGGGGGGAGGUGUAGGUCCUGUCUUCUAGGUGGUACUGGCCCAGCACGGUCCACUUUGCAAGUUUGAGUUCGAAAUUUUAUCCAAAUGUAGUAAUACUGAUGCAAAGCAGACGAGGGAAAUGAGAUUGAGUAAAUUCCCUCCAAAUGCAGCGAUGCAGAUGCGGACGACGAAGCGAGUGAUGUUUAACCCCUAUUUAUGCUUUUUUUUCUUUUUGCUAACGCCGGGUGUUUGUAUGAAUGUGAAUAGAUUAUCUGGAGAGAGUGACUUACCUGUUGUACAUUCUAGGUUUUCCCUUCCCUCUUUUGUUGUAAAACUAUCACUAUUGUCAUUACUCUCUUCCUUUUACGAGUGCCUUCCCCUUUGAGCAGUUACAUCCAAUAAACCAGCACAUAUUCCAUCACCGA